AUGGCGGCCGACUUUGACAAACGGAGCUACUGGCACGAGCGAUUCACAUCCGAAACCUGCACCUGGAUCGGCUCGACCCGUCCUCCACCCGGGUCCUCCACCCGGAUCCUCCACCUCGGCUCCGGCACCAGCUACCUGCACAAUCAUCUGCGCCGCCGGGGCUUCCUCGAUGUCACCAACCUCGACUACGAGCCGCUCGCCGCCCAGCGCGGCCGCCAGCUCGAGGAUGCGGCAUUUGACGGCGACGUCAAGAUGCGAUACGUCCUCGCCGACGCCACCCAGCUCAGCCCCGGCCGCAACCUGGGCGCCCACAGCAUGUUCGACCUCGUCAUCGACAAGAGCACCUUCGACGCCGUCUCGUGCGGCGGUGAGUCCCCUUUUCUGCGCAUGGCUCACGGUAUCAAGGCCUAUAUGGCUCCAGGGGCAGUCUGGCUCUCUCUCAGCUACUCCUCGUCGGGCUUCAACGUCGAGCGUCUGCCCUUUGAUGUCGAGGUCAUGGCCAAGCUUCACACGCCCAAGCGCAAGGCUACCGACCCUGACAUUUACCACUGGUGCUAUUGCUUGCGCCCCAAAUAA